AGUGAGGAGUGGUUGGUAGGUAGCUAGAUUGAGGAGGGUGGAAUAUAAUCUUUUCAUUGGAUAGUCUGAGUUGGGAAUUUCCCAGACAGCAUUUCCUUUUGCUGUUUUCCUCUCCACACUUUGUUUUGUAUAUGUCUGUGCUGGUAUGGUGUUAAAGUUAUCAGCUCCCCCUCUUUAAUUUUCUUUCUACCACCAACCUCCUCCUAGCACAAACACAGAUUUUAAGCUUAUAAGCAAAUUUGUCAAAGACAGCUAGUAAAAAUAAUUUUAGGUUCAUUUGAGGAGGGGUACUAAUAUGAAAUUGUAAGUUUUUCAUUUAUGCUUGAAAAAUACAGCAAUUUGGAAAGUGAGGGAGGGGAAGUCACCCAUAAUCUUAUUACCAUUAUAUAAUUAUUAGUAUUAAAGACAGAUGACGUUAAUUAAGCAUCUACUAUAUUCUUUUAAUAAUCCUGUGAUGUAUAUAUUCCCACUUUACAUGUGAGGAAACACAUCCACUUAAUAAUGGAGCAGCCAAGUUUGAACCUAGGUAUAUCUUGAGAAGGUCUAGAGAGGAGACCUUUCUGUUCUACCUUCCUGUUCUUACAUAUAUAUCCUUUUACCGAGUUGUUACACAAUUUGUAAGUUUCAUCUCCUAGUUUUAAAACUUAGCGUUAUAAAAACAUUUUUCUCCCUACCCUUAUUUCAAGUGGUGUCGUAUUGCUCACAUUGUCUAUUCAUACCACCAUAUAAAGGCUCUUUGUCUUGGCUGCUGGACAUUGGUACAAUGAUGUUGACCAAAAUGGAUACUGCCCUUUUCUUUACUGAGUGAUUAAGAUGAAAAAAAUCAGGCUUAAUCAGAACUAAUACUUUAUGGGAUUUGGAUUGCUACAGGUUUAAUCAUGCUAUCUAUCCUUGCUGAUGGGACAUUUGACUUAGAAUUGUAUAUAGGUAAAAUAUAGAUGACAAAUAAAUUGUAUAAUUUAUAGCUAUCUGAAAACAACUUUUUUUAAUAUUUGAACACUUUGAAAUGCCUUAUGCUUCCUUGUUAAAAAUCUUAAAGGGAUAUUAAAAUUAAAUGGGCACUUAAAACUUAUCUAGUUACUGUUAUUAAUUCCUAAUAUAAUAUUUAAUUCAUAAAAGAAAAAAGCUUAAUGUUGAAUUCUGGCACUCAUUGGGAAGAUGACAUUAUAUGUUAAGAGAUAAUUUGUGGGACAUAGUGACUAUAGUUAAUAUUGCAUACUUGGAAGUUGCUAGGAGAGUACAUUUUAAGUGUUCACACCACAAAAUAUAACUAUGUGAGGUAAUGCAUGUGUUAAUUAGCUAGAUUUAACCAUUGCAUAAUUUAUAUGUAUUUCAAAAUGUGUUGUACACCAUAAAUAUAUGCAAUUUGUAUUUAUCAGUUGAAGAAGAAGAAGAAAAAGGUAAUUUGUGGGCAUUUAUAAAUAGAUUGUAUAGGUCAACACUGCUCAAUAGAAAUAUAAGUUGAGCCACAAAUGCAAUUUUAGAUUUUCUAUAGCCACAUCAAAAAAUAAAAAUAGGUGAAAUUUUAUUAAUGGAUUUUUAUUUAACCCGGUAUCUAAAUACUAUUAUUUCAUCAUAUAAACAUGAUUGAACUAUUUUACAUUUUUUAAUUUUUUUAACCAUGUUAAGUCUUCAAAAUCUGUUAGUAUUACAUACUUAAAGCACAUCUCAAUUCAUACUAGCCAGACUUCAGGUAUUCAGUAGCCACAUGAAGUUACUGUAUUGGACAGUGCAAUUACAGAUAGUAAGUCCUAUAGGGGUAUAGGGAAAGAAUAAUAUAGAAAUUGAACUGAGCCGUAAAGGAUGGCUGAGAACAGAAAAUACUUGAGAAGAAUAUUCCCAUAAAGAAGUGAUAGGAAUUAAAACAGCAAAUACAGUUUGAUACCAGGUAAUAGAGUGGCUUGAAUCCAGUUUAGGGAAUGUGGUUGGGGGUGUGUGUGUGGGGGUGUGUGUGUGAGAGAGAGAGAGAGAGAGAUAGGGAAUAUAUAUUGGAGGGUGCCUAAUUCGUGUCUCACACAUGAGCACUUGAUAAAUACUGAAUUAGCUGGGUGCAUUGGCUUGCGCCUGUAAUCCCAGCACUAUGGGAGGCUGAGGCGGGCAGAUCGCCUGAGGUCAGGAAUUCGAGACCAGCUUGGCCAAUAUGAUGAAAUAUCCUGUCUCUACUGAAAAUACAAAAAUUAGCCGGGCAUGGGGGCGUGCACCUAUAAUGUCAGCUACUUGGGAGGCUGAGGCAGGAGAAUCGCUUAAACUUGAGAGGCAGAGGUUGCAGUAAGCCAAGAUCAUGCCACUGCAUGGGCGACAGAGUGAGACUCAGUCUCAAAAAAAAAAAAAGAAAAGGUAAAUAUUGAAUAAAUAUUUAGAGAGAAUUAAUAUGACACUACAGAAAAUGCUGGAAAAAACAUCCUAACAAAGCCUUGUGGAUCUUCAAAAGGGAAAGAGUUUCAUUUAGGGAAUAUUGAUGUUCUAUGAUUAACAAUAUGAUGGAGAUUGAUAAAGAAGGAUGAGAAUUGAGAAAAGGUUUUUAGAUUUAGCUAUUAAUUGGUUACUUGUUUUUAAGUAUUUUUUUUUUUAGGUAUAACAUACAGUGAAGUGCACAAAUCUUAAGUACAACUCAGUGAAUUUAUACAUAUAAGUAUACCUAGGUAACUCCCAGGUAGUGGGAGGUACUGGGUUACACCUGGGGAGAAGAGGAUGUAAAAAAAGCACAGACAUGAGAAUUGUGGAAUGCAAGCAUUUUCCGUGAUUAGAGCCUAUUUUAAAUGAAAUACCCAGAUAGAGAUGGAGAAUGUUUUUCUUCACUGAUUAAAGGUGACUUGUGCUCCCUCCUAUUAAUUUCUCACUACAGAAGUAACCACUAUUCUAACCUCUAACCUCUAUCACCAUAAAUUAGUUUUUGCUUGUUUCUUUUUCUUUUCCUUCAUUUUUUUUUCUUUUGAGACAGGAUCUCAGUCUGUCAUCCUAGCUGGAGUGCAUUGGCGCAAUCCCGGCUCACUGCAGCCUUCACCCCCGAGGCUCAAACGAUCCUCCCACUUCAGCUUCCUGAAUACCUGGAACUACAGGUUUGAUUUAAUUUUGGAUGAGAUUGUUCUUGCAGCAAGAUGUUAAUAAGACAAAAUCUAGACUAAAUGUGUUAAAUGGGCUUGCCAACAAUAUGGAUGAUUUGAAGAUAAACACCGAUAUUACUGGUGCUAAAGAAGAACUCCUAGAUGACAACAAUUUUAUCUCAGACAAAGAGAGCGGAGUUCAUAAGCCAAAAGAUUGUCAAACAUCAUUUCAGAAAAAUAAUACAUUGACUCUGCCUGAAGAACUGUCAAAGGACAAAUCUGAAAACGCCUUAAGUGGAGGCCAGUCUAGUCUAUUUAUACAUGCUGGUGCUCCUACUGUUUCUAGUGAAAACUUUAUCUUGCCUAAAGGAGCUGCUGUUAAUGGACCAGUUUCACACUCCUCCUUAACUAAGACUUCCAAUAUGAAUAAAGGCAGUGUUCCAUUAACCACUGGACAACCUGUGGAUCAGCCAACAACAGAGUCUUGUUCAGCUUUGAAGGUAGCAGCUGAUCUUCAGCUGUCUACACCACAGAAACCAAGUCAACACCAAGUUUUAUUUUUGUUAUCAGAUGUAGCACAUGCUAAGAAUCCCACCCAUUCCAAUAAAAAACUACCUACCUCUGCUUCAGUUGGUUGUGACAUUCAGAAUUCAGUAGGGAGUAAUAUAAAGUCAGACAGCACUUUAAUAAAUCAAGUAGAGGUGGGUGAGGAUGGUGAAGAUUUAUUGGUGAAAGAUGAUUGUGUCAAUACAGUAACGGGAAUUUCCUCAGGUACAGAUGGAUUUAGGUCAGAAAAUGAUACAAACUGGGAUCCCCAAAAAGAGUUCAUUCAAUUUCUUAUGACUAAUGAGGAAACAGUAGAUAAAGCUCCACCUCAUUCUAAAGUAGGUCUAGAAAAAAAAAGAAAGCGAAAAAUGGAUGUAAGCAAGAUAACUCGUUAUACCGAGGAUUGCUUUAGUGAUUCUAAUUGUGUACCCAAUAAAUCAAAAAUGCAAGAAGUAGACUUUCUAGAACAAAAUGAAGAGCUACAAGCAGUAGACUCACAGAAAUAUGCAUUAUCAAAAGUGAAGCCUGAAUCAACUGAUGAAGACUUAGAAUCUGUGGAUGCCUUCCAACAUCUAAUUUAUAACCCAGAUAAGUGUGGAGAAGAGAGUUCACCUGUUCAUACUAGCACUUUUCUUUCAAAUACCUUAAAAAAGAAAUGUGAAGAGAGUGAUUCUGAGUCACCUGCUACUUUCAGUACCGAAGAGCCAUCAUUCUACCCCUGUACAAAGUGCAAUGUGAAUUUUAGGGAGAAGAAGCACCUCCACAGGCAUAUGAUGUAUCAUUUAGAUGGGAAUAGUCACUUUCGCCAUCUUAAUGUCCCAAGGCCAUAUGCUUGUAGAGAAUGUGGACGGACAUUUCGAGAUCGCAAUUCACUUCUAAAACAUAUGAUUAUUCACCAGGAGAGAAGACAGAAGUUGAUGGAGGAAAUUCGUGAAUUGAAAGAACUUCAGGAUGAAGGAAGAAGUGCACGAUUACAGUGUCCUCAGUGUGUGUUUGGUACCAAUUGCCCUAAAACAUUUGUGCAACAUGCUAAAACCCAUGAAAAAGAUAAAAGGUACUACUGCUGUGAAGAGUGUAACUUCAUGGCAGUGACAGAAAAUGAAUUAGAAUGCCAUCGAGGCAUUGCACAUGGGGCAGUGGUAAAAUGCCCUAUAGUCACUUCUGAUAUAGCCCAGAGAAAAACACAAAAAAAGACUUUCAUGAAAGACUCUGUAGUAGGAUCAUCCAAAAAAUCAGCUACCUACGUAUGUAAGAUGUGUCCUUUUACUACUUCAGCCAAAAGUGUUUUAAAAAAGCACAUGGAGUACUUGCAUUCAUCAUCAUGUAUUGAUUCAUUCGGUAGUCCUCUUGGACUUGAUAAAAGAAAAAAUGACAUCCUUGAAGAACCUGUAGACAGUGAUAGCACUAAACCAUUAACUAAACAACAGUCAACCACGUUUCCAAAGAACUCUGCUUUAAAACAAGAUGUGAAGCGAACAUUUGGAUCAACCUCACAAUCAAGUAGUUUUUCAAAAAUUCAUAAGCGGCCACACAGAAUACAGAAAGCUCGGAAAAGCAUUGCCCAGUCAGGUGUAAACAUGUGCAAUCAAAACAGCUCUCCUCAUAAGAAUGUUACAAUUAAAAGCAGCGUUGACCAAAAACCUAAGUAUUUCCAUCAAGCAGCAAAAGAAAAGUCUAAUGCCAAGGCAAAUAGCCACUAUUUGUAUAGACACAAAUAUGAAAACUAUAGGAUGAUCAAAAAAUCAGGUGAAUCAUAUCCUGUGCAUUUCAAAAAAGAAGAAGCUAGUUCAUUAAAUUCUUUACACCUGUUUUCAUCGUCAAGUAAUUCUCACAACAAUUUUAUUUCAGACCCUCAUAAGCCUGACACCAAAAGGCCUGAAAGCUUCAAAGAUCACAGACGUGUAGCUGUAAAGAGAGUAGUUAAGGAAUCUAAGAAGGAAAGCUCUGUUGGAGGGGAAGACUUGGAUAGCUAUCCAGAUUUUUUGCAUAAAAUGACUGUUGUCGUUUUGCAAAAACUUAAUUCUGCUGAAAAGAAAGAUAGUUAUGAAACAGAAGAUGAAAGUUCCUGGGAUAAUGUUGAGUUAGGAGACUACACUACACAGGCCAUAGAAGAUGAAACCUAUAGUGAUAUUAAUCAAGAACAUGUAAAUUUAUUCCCUUUAUUUAAGAGCAAAGUGGAAGGUCAGGAGCCUGGAGAAAAUGCUACUCUUAGUUAUGACCAAAACGAUGGCUUUUAUUUUGAAUACUAUGAAGAUGCUGGAAGUAACAACUUUUUGCAUGAGAUACAUGAUCCUCAGCAUUUAGAAACUGCAGACGCUUCAUUGUCAAAGCAUAGUUCUGUUUUUCAUUGGACUGAUUUGUCUCUUGAGAAGAAAUCAUGUCCUUACUGCCCAGCAACAUUUGAAACAGGUGUUGGGUUAUCAAAUCAUGUCCGGGGGCAUCUUCACAGAGCAGGAUUAAGCUAUGAAGCCCGUCAUGUUGUAUCACCAGAACAAAUAGCCACAAGUGACAAAAUGCAGCAUUUCAAAAGAACUGGCACAGGAACACCUGUUAAACGAGUUAGAAAAGCUAUAGAGAAGUCUGAAACCACUUCUGAACACACUUGUCAGCUCUGUGGUGGUUGGUUUGAUACUAAAAUUGGAUUAUCAAAUCAUGUUAGAGGCCACUUGAAAAGACUUGGAAAGACCAAAUGGGAUGCUCACAAAUCUCCAAUCUGUGUUCUGAAUGAGAUGAUGCAAAAUGAAGAAAAAUACGAAAAAAUCUUAAAGGCAUUGAACAGUCGUCGUAUUAUUCCCAGACCAUUUGUAGCUCAAAAACUUGCAUCAAGUGAUGACUUUAUAUCUCAAAAUGUUAUACCUCUUGAAGCAUACCGUAAUGGCCUAAAGACUGAAGCUCUGUCAGUGUCUGCAUCAGAAGAAGAAGGGCUGAAUUUCUUAAAUGAAUAUGAUGAAACAAAACCAGAACUGCCCAGUGGGAAAAAGAAUCAGUCUCUUACACUCAUAGAACUUCUUAAAAAUAAAAGGAUGGGAGAAGAAAGGAAUUCUGCUAUUUCUCCUCAAAAGAUCCAUAAUCAGACAGCAAGAAAGAGAUUCGUUCAGAAAUGCGUUCUUCCAUUAAAUGAGGAUAGUCCGUUGAUGUAUCAGCCACAAAAAAUGGACUUGACUAUGCACUCAGGUAUGCCUGUGAAGCUUAGAACAUGUGUGCAUUGCAAUACGACGUUUACAAGUGCUGUUAGCCUGUCCAACCACUUACGCGCUUAUGCACGAAAGAAGAGUGCUGGACUUUUGACUGGUACAGCCUUAGAUUGUAAGCAAAAGAAAUCAAGGUCAAGAUCUGGAAGCAAGAAGAAAAUGCUAACAUUACCUCAUGGUGCUGACGAGGUUUACAUUCUCCGAUGCAGGUUUUGUGGCCUAGUCUUUCGAGGACCCUUGUCUGUUCAGGAAGACUGGAUUAAGCACUUACAACGACAUAUUGUAAACGCUAAUCUUCCACGGACUGGAGCUGGCAUGGUGGAAGUCACGUCACUACUUAAAAAGCCUGCCUCCAUUACAGAAACUUCAUUUUCUCUACUAAUGGCUGAAGCAGCUUCAUAGAACCAGGAAACCUUUUAAAUAGCCAAUUUGAAUUGGAUGUAAAUUUGAAAUUCUUUUUUUUUUAGGCCACAUUAAAUUAUCUGUUUAUAAAUACUAAAGCAGGAAAAUGGGGGGAAAGUGAAUUACAGUGACAUCAGAGCAAAUUGAAUACUUAAAACAGUAAGUAGUCUAUAUAUUUUAUAUAGGGUGGAAGAUGUGUUUUUAAGGUUUAUGAAGUUUUGUUGGUUAACUGUGUUCACUCAAUAAAAGAGCAGUACAUGUAAGCAGCCAUUAAUAAACUGUUGCACAUGGAUACUUAUAGACAGACGUAUUGGACAAUUAUGUUUUUUGCAGUGUUACCAGAAUCAAGGCUCUGUUUAUUCCCCACAAGACUUGCAUAGAAAAAUAAGAUAUUAUAUUUUGUUUGUAUGUAUUUAGUGUUUUGUAUAAUACCAAGAACCGCUGACUAAAUUUACUCAAAUUAGGGCAUUAAAUAUCAUGUACUUCAUAGUUUGAGACUGUUCACUCAAAUAGGGCAGAGUACUAUUCUAUCUAGAUGUGUAAGUGUUUUUUUUAAAAUCACAUGGAACGGUUUUUUUUAUACUAAAAAGUGGAGGGAGAUUUGUUUAAACAAGUAUUUCUAAAAGAAAUAUGUACAUAGUUCUGGAAAUUAUUUGUGGUAAGGAAAUAUUCUUUACUCCAGUUGCAUUUCUCAGACAAUAAAGUGGUGCAUCCAUGCUACCUCCUACUUUGUCAACAAAGAUGCUAUUUACCCUUUACAUUUUUGUAUCAUAAUAGAUUUUAAAAAUCUAAUGUUCUUUAUUGCAAGACAUUCUUUUGUUAACAGGUUUGUUUCUUUUUAAUGUUUUACCUAAAAUUUGACAUGCUUACAGGACAAGUUUGCCUCUUACUUUAUUUAACAUUGUAGAAAUGUAAUUAAUAAACAAUGCUCACUACACAGUUUAGAAUAGACGUUCUCAUUUAUAUUAUCUUCCAAAUUUGAUCAGUUAGCAAAACUUAAUACACCAAUUAAAAUAUUUCUACAUAUGAGAAUGUUUACAAUUUAAAUUUUAGAACUUGUUUUGGAUGUGAUUAUAUGUACGAAAAUCGUGUAACACUAUGCUCAUGCUAAGAACCGACAUAACAGAAUUACUGAAAUAAAUGUGCUGUGAGGAAUGGAAAAUAUGGUGCAGGUGUCUUGGUCAUGAUAAAUUGUGAUUCUUUUUAAAAAUUUUUUCCAAAAACAAAUUACGUAUUUUAAUCUGAAAUCAGAUUCCUUUACAAACAACAAGUUUUUGUAUGCAAGCACCAUUUUAUUUCAUGUAGUAUGGCUAAUACUAUAGUUGAACCAAGGAUAUGCAUUGAUUCUUUGCUUCGUAUGUAAAUAAAGUUAAAAACAGUUAAAAUAAGGAGUAUUUUGGUAGAGUAUAUACAUACCUCACUGCCAGUGAAAUUGCUUUCCUAUGGUAUAUCUCCUUACCAGAAAAAUCUCUAAAUAAAAAAAGGUUUAAAGAAAAUUAAAA